CUUUCGCCUUUCCCUUUCACUCACUUCUCUCCCUCACUUCCUCCGCCUUCGUCUUCCUAACAAGUCUUUAUCUGUAUCGACUCAAGAAAAAGUAUUGGGUGGGGUUUCCGUCGGAGAACCCCUCGAUUCCUUACUUUGGAGGAGUGGAGGCGACGACGAUGAUGAGGAGAUCGGCGAAGCUGGAGGCGGCGCUGUCGCUCGGCCGGAAACGGACACUCCAGGCCCUCUUCGCCGCUGCUCUCCUCUAUGUCGCCUUCGUCUUCGUAUACGAGCUCCCAUUCCUUUCCCGCUGGCACCCCUCGGCCUUCUCCUCGUCCUCCGCCAACGCGGUGAGCCGCCCACUACACCUCGGCGCCGAGGAUCGUCUCGCGCCUCUCCGCCCUUCCCAGCGGCCGCACCGCCUCCCCGGCUUGGCCGGUGGCCCCGCAGGCCUCCGUCUCCCCUCCGACCUCCCGCGACCGCUGGUCGUCGCGGGACUUGAUUUCCGGCCGCUUGACCCCACCGCCGGCGGCCGCGGGCCGUUCUCCGGACUCCACAAGGCUGCGAGGGAUGCGUGGGAGGUGGGGCGAAAGCUGUUGGAGGAGCUAAAGGCGAUGUCUGUGGCGGGAUCAGCUUCGGUGGAGGACGAGAACCGGACGGAGGAGAGAUGCCCGCAGUCGAUCGUGCUCUCCGGGGAGAAAUUCCUGGAGCUGGGGAUGGUGAUGGUGCUCCCGUGUGGGCUGACAUUGGGAUCGCACAUCACCCUGGUUGCGAAGCCGUACCGGGCCCAUGCGGAGCAUGACCCGAAGAUUAGGACCUUGAACGAAGGGGAGCAGGCGAUCAUGGUGUCGCAGUUCAUGAUGGAGCUGCAGGGGCUCAAGACGGUGGACGGGGAAGACCCUCCCAGGAUCCUCCAUCUCAACCCUCGGCUGAAGGGAGACUGGAGCGGGAAACCAGUGAUCGAGCAGAACACGUGCUACCGCAUGCAGUGGGGAUCGGCCCAACGGUGCGAGGGUUGGAAGUCGACGGACAACGAGGAAACCGUCGACGGACUAGUGAAGUGUGAAAAGUGGAUCAAUGAUGGCGACGACAAGGAGGAGUCGAAGACAGCAUGGUGGUUAAACCGUUUGAUUGGUCGGACGAAGAAGGUUUUUAUUGAUUGGCCAUACCCAUUCGUAGAAGAAAAGCUCUUUGUUCUAACUUUAAGUGCUGGAUUGGAAGGUUAUCAUGUCAAUGUUGAUGGGCGACACGUGACCUCUUUUCCUUAUCGCACUAGUUUUGUUCUUGAGGAUGCCACUGGCCUUUUGGUGAAUGGGGACCUACAUGUCCAAUCCAUUAUUGCUGGUUCAUUGCCCACAUCUCAUCCUAGCUUUUCUUCACAAAGGAAUCUAGAUUUGUCAGCAGAAUGGCAGGUCCCGCCGAUACCUGAUGGACCUGUAGAACUUUUCAUUGGAAUCCUUUCUGCAGGCACCCAUUUUGCAGAGCGUAUGGCUGUCAGGAAGUCAUGGAUGCGUACAGUUAGAGAAUCAUCUAAUAUGGUGGCUCGAUUUUUUGUUGCUCUGCACCCAAGGAAGGAAGUGAUUAUUGAGCUGAAGAAAGAGGCAGAGUUCUUUGGUGACAUUGUUAUAGUGCCUUUUAUGGAUAGCUAUGAUCUUGUCGUUCUCAAGACUGUUGCGCUAUGCGAAUAUGGGGUUCGUACUGUUUCUGCUCGUUAUAUAAUGAAGUGUGAUGAUGAUACCUUUGUUAGAGUUGAUGCAGUCAUGAAUGAAGUCAAGAAAGUCCCCAGCAAUAAAAGCCUGUAUGUGGGUAACAUAAAUUACCACCACAAGCCAUUGCGAGAAGGGAAAUGGGCUGUAACAUAUGAGGAAUGGCCUGAAGAAGACUAUCCACCAUAUGCAAAUGGUCCUGGAUAUGUUUUGUCUACUGACAUUGCACGCUUCAUCGUAUCUGAAUUUGAGAAACACAAAUUAAGGUUGUUUAAAAUGGAAGAUGUGAGCAUGGGCAUGUGGGUUGAGCAGUUCAAUCACUCCAAAGCAGUUGAAUAUAUACACAGUCUCAAGUUCUGUCAGUUCGGAUGCGUAGAUGAUUACUACACUGCACACUACCAGUCUCCGAGGCAAAUGACAUGCAUGUGGGACAAGUUGCAGUCAGGGAAACCUGAGUGUUGUAACAUGAGAUGACAUCAAUGUGAUAUGGGAAGGCAAAGUUUUAGCAGUUCUUCAGCCAUGUUCAUCUGAGUUGACAAGCUGCUCUAAUGGUGCUUACGAAUUCGUUUAUUAUUUCUUUUUUAUUUUUGGUCACUUUGGUUUAGAUGGUGACGGUCGAUGAAGAGCUACUCCGCGGCUUCUACAUACUAAGAAGAAAAUGUGCAGCUCGAACUACAACCGACGACUCUAAUGAGAAAUUGUGGUGGCUUUAGAUCCGAUAUGGUUCAGAAUCCAAUGGCUUCUUCAUGUCUCUCAGAUUCUGUAAAAAUGUGCAGCUCGUGCUACAAACAAUGACUCUACUGAGAAAUUGUGGUGGCUUUAGAUCCGAUAUGGUUCAGAAUCCAAUGGCUUCUUCA